AUGGUUACUUUACACUGUUCAGGCUUUGAGCUGGACACAUCAACAUCUGGGACAGCUGCUGUCCAAGGAUCGGCUUCAGCUAGCUCGUUUCUCAGCGGCGGUUCUUUUAGCGACUUCGAACUGCCCGGGCCAAGCAGCAAGGGUCUAAUGACAAACAUUUACUCCAGUUCUAGCAAAACACAGACCCCCGGUAGUUCUCUGAGAACACCUGCUCCAGGACCAAGUCUCGUGACCUCGAGCAGUACCUACCGCAGAACACCCAGCUCACGUCGUACCCCACACAUCUCAAGCACAACUCCAGGAAUGCCAACUUCUUCUGUUGUGGUUGCAAUCGUAGAAGGACGUGGCCUUGCAAAAGGAGAAAUUGGGAUGGCUAGCAUCGACCUGAAGAAACCAGAACUGAACUUGUCACAGUUCUCAGAUAACCAGACUUACGUCAAGGUUUUAACAAAAAUGCAGAUUUUGGAGCCUUUGGAAAUUAUCAUGCCUUAUACAGCGUGUGAGAACCCUUCUGCGCUAUUCAAGUUUCUAAGUGAGCAGAUACCUUACGCAAACUUAUCAUCUGUCCAGCGCAAAUAUUUCAACGAGGCGAAAGGCUUAGAUUACGUGAAACAACUCUGUGUUCCAGAGUAUAACACUGUUGAAAUGGAGGUAGCUUCAAAGUAUUAUUGUCUUGCAACGGCAGCCGCUUUGCUCAAGUACGUGGAGUUUAUUCAGAACGUUGUUUAUGCUCCUGGAUCUAUUAAAGUAGUGUUCAAAGGGAGCGAGAAGACAGCAAUUAUAGAUGCCUCAACUAUAAAGAACUUAGAACUAAUUCAGAAUGCCAGGGACCCUGAGAGUGGUCACUGUCUUUGUGGAGUUCUGAAUCACACGAAGACAGCUGGAGGAGCCCGUCUUCUGAGGUCAAAUAUUCUUCAACCCCCUUGUGGUGAGAGGCGGGAGCUGUUCUACGAAUUGCAGUCUGUGAUAGGCCGGUUCUUGGAUAUUGACCACCUAACCUCCAUGUGUGUUCAGCUUCCCAAGCAAGAAACAGUAAAAACAGCAGAAUCCAAAAUCACCACUGUUAUCUAUCUGAAACACACACUGGAGCUUAUCGAGCCUUUAAGAAUGUCUCUUCAGGAUACAGAGGCGGACCUUUUCAAAGCUUAUUACGAGUCACUCAAUGAGAGUAGAUUUGCGACUAUCAUACAGAGUAUUCAGACUGUCAUACAUGACGACACCCGGUAUCAGAAAGGAACUCUCAACAUGAGGACUCAGAAAUGCUUUGCUGUUAAGCCUCAUAUAAACGGCCUGCUAGACGUCGCCAGAAGAACGUACACUGAGAUUGUUGAUGAUAUAACUGAGAUGAUCAAGCAGUUGGGGGAAAGGCACAACCUACCCCUCAAAACUGGUUUCAACGGCACCAAGGGGUUUUUUGUGCAACUGAUGCUUAACCGAGAUGAACAUAUUGACUUGAAAGCGCUGCCUAAUGAGUUCCUUAAGGCAACGAAGGUCAGAAGUGCGGUGUGCUUCACCACGGUAGAUCUGAUAAAGCUUAAUGACAGGAUAAAGGAGUCUUUGAACGAAAUAUAUCUCAUGACAAAUGUGGUAGUAUCUGAACUUCUGGGUGAAAUAAGAGAAAACGUGGGUUGCCUGUAUAAACUUUCUGAGCUUGUCAGUGUGAUGGACAUGUUGGUUUCGUUUGCACAUCUAUGUACUUUGUCUGAUUAUGUUCGACCAGAAUUCACAGAUACUUUGGCAAUUAAGAAUGGACGUCAUCCCAUUCUAGAUAAAAUACUUACCGAACCACCAACAGCAAAUAACACGUAUGCCACGGAGGGAUCAAAUUUUCUAGUCAUAACAGGACCUAACAUGAGUGGUAAAUCCACCUACCUGAAACAAAUAGCGUUGCUACAAAUCAUGGCUCAGGUUGGAUGCUAUGUUCCUGCGGAAUACGCUUCAUUCAGAGCCGCCGAUCAGAUACUUUCAAGGAUAGGAAGCGACGAUGACAUCGAAACCAAUUCCUCAACCUUUACCCUUGAAAUGCGAGAGAUCCACUUCAUCAUUCAGAAUGCCAGUGACAAGUCUUUAAUCGUAAUUGACGAGCUUGGAAGAGGAACAAGCAGCGAGGAAGGAGUUGGUAUUUGUUUCUCCAUCGCUGAAACUCUACUGAAAAGAAAGACAUUUACAUUCUUUGCAACACACUUCCUUGAACUGACAACGAUGGAUAGCUUGUACCCUAACGUAGAAAAUUUGCAUUUGAAGAUCCAGAAGGCGUUUAGUGAAGAAGCGGCAAGUGAGAAAAUAACCUACACUCACGUGGUUUCAAAAGGAAAAACAGAAGAAAAACACUAUGGCGUUCAACUUGCUGAGUUCUCGACAUUGCCUCAGUCAAUAGUCAGGGAAGCUCGAGAAAUUUCAACCGAGUUGACUAGACAGAAAGAGACGAGUCAGUUGUUGUCAUCAGAGAGUCGCAAACAAAUGGCAGUCUUUCAACUGGCAACUAAGCUUUUCCAAGCUGGACGUAACUCACGCCUGAACAAAGCUGGAGUGCAGGCUUACCUUUUGAGUCUUAAAAACCAGUUCGAGAGGGACUUUGUUCUUGAGGUAGAAGAAUAGAAUGGCGAAGGCUUUUUAGUACCACGUAUUGAUUGACAUAAACAAUCUUUCGCGAUAAAAAGCAUUUUUUUAAAAAAACCGCCUCAACCGCUUUUCACUGUACUUAAAUUGUUUGGUGACAAAAAUUGUUAUUUACCUCUACUGGAGUCUUAGCCGAUAUAUACAAAAAAGGUUGUCAGAAUUGUGGUACUGAAGAAAAAUGCUUGCGGUUUAAAGUUCUGGUUAUCAAUGCGCCAAGAUUGAUAAGGAAAAUGCUUCUUAUUUAUCUAACCUAUCUAUUCACCUUCAUUUUGUUAGCAUUUAUUACAAAAAUUCACACCUAUUUUCUUAAAACUGUGUUCUUCAGGAACCUAGGUUGUUGAAUUUAAACAACACUCAUUAAUUUACACCGCCUGAGUUAAUAAGAAGCACUUACUGAAGAUAGAAUAUGCCUUUAUCGGGUGACUAUAAUUAGUAAACAAGCUACCCUUACACAUAUUACAGAAAGUCUGCAGGUUGCCAUCGAUACCUGUUUUAUAUAGUUAAACAGUUUGUUGCUUUGAAAAUAAACUCUGUUCUGGAGAUGUGGGGGCCUAUGGUUUCUGUUUUCAUUGCGCAGCAGUCCAGCAACCUGGAGUGUUUCGUUAAA